UCAAAUGGUCAAAACAUUAAAAAAAUUGUCUGAAAAUUUUGUGUGAUUUAUUUAUUGGAAAAUAUUAAAAACAAGUAUAAUAAUCAUAAUGACCGAGAAAGAUUUGUUAGCAAAAUUAGCCAAUGUACCAUUGGCAAAGCCUGGUUUCGAUGCCCUUGGUAUGUCGGCUCCUGUUCUUGUACAAAUGAACCCUGAUGGUAAAUGGGAAAAUACUAAGCCAGGGAAUCUAGACGAGGAACGUCUGAAAGCUGUUGUUCAACAUCUAGUCAAUUCAAAAGCUGUAUCUGCAGCUCAAAGCUAUUGCUGUCAGUGUGCUAAAGACAGCCAGAAAGAAGGAGGAAAGUCGAAUUAUGUACCUGUGAUCAUGAUGCCUAUUUACCCUGCUGAUCAAUGCCCUUUCGACAUGGACUGCGAAGUACAAAAAAUCAAAGAAGCAGAAUCAAAACCCUCUAAAAAGAAGGGAAAAGACGAAAGCGCGAAAGAGAGUGAAAAAGAGAAAGAAAAAAAGAAAUCAAAGAAAAAGGGAUUCACUUUACAGCGGCUAACUGACUUUGACUUACUUUCACAGUGGUGAAUUUGUGAAAUUUGAAGCUACCUUUUGAUUAUGGCGUUGGUGUGGUAUUGUGAACGACUGUCCUGUGCUCAUUGAAAAGAAACUUUGAACAAAAGUAAAAUUACUAAUAAAAUUUUGGAAAAGUUAGUUA